GUAUUUUUCAAAUGUGGAGAUGUGUGAGGCUACUGAAAGAUAUAGCUCUUCCAGAUAGCUAGCUGGUGUUGAAAUACAGAUACUUUUGACAUACGCAUUAACAUUGUCGUGAAUUUUCAUUUCCAGUGGGUAUUAACCAAAUGCCAGGCUUCUCUCACGUUCAGUGUGGUGGUAAUGUUUAGAGAUGACAUUUACAUUUAGAAUACUAUUUUCAGUCACUUCUGUCGCCCUCAAAGUCUGUGGGUAUUUUGGUUUUCUGGAGAAACUUCUAUGUGCUCUCAGAUGAGAAGUUUGGGAAGUUUGUAAUGAAAAUUCACUAAAAUCCAUUUGGCUAUAUGUAAAUUAUUCCUGUGAGUGGGGAAUGCAUUUUUCAGCUGUGAGAAGAAAAAGGGGAGGAAAUGAUUCAUGGCGGGGUUCUGAAACUUGCAGUGACGGAACAUGUCUCAGUCAGGUGAAAAAGUAAAGUUUUCUGACUCAGCAGGCUAUGUGGGAUUUGCUAAUCUGCCCAACCAGGUCCACAGGAAGUCUGUAAAGAAGGGCUUUGAAUUCACUCUAAUGGUGGUUGGAGAAUCUGGUUUGGGAAAAUCCACCUUAAUUAACAGUUUAUUCCUGACUGAUCUUUAUCCAGAACGUUACAUUCCUGGAGCUGCAGAGAAAAUAGAGAGAACAGUCCAAAUCGAAGCUUCUACAGUAGAGAUUGAGGAGCGAGGGGUGAAACUCCGUUUAACAGUAGUUGAUACACCAGGAUAUGGCGAUGCCAUUAACAGCCAGGACUGCUUCAAAACAAUCAUCCAUUAUAUUGACAAUCAGUUUGAAAGAUACCUUCACGACGAGAGUGGUCUGAACAGGCGCCACAUUAUAGACAACAGAGUCCACUGCUGUUUUUACUUCAUAUCACCCUUUGGGCAUGGGCUGAAGCCUUUAGAUGUAGAGUUCAUGAAAGCUCUUCAUGGAAAAGUCAACAUUGUCCCUGUGAUUGCCAAGGCUGACACCCUGACACUGAAGGAGAGAGAGAGGCUUAAGAGAAGGGUUCUGGAUGAGAUUGCUGAGCAUGGCAUUAGGAUUUACCAGUUGCCUGAUGCAGACUCUGAUGAAGAUGAGGAGUUCAAAGAACAGACCAGGGUUUUGAAGGCUAGCAUUCCCUUUGCUGUUAUUGGGUCCAACCAACUUAUUGAGGUGAAAGGAAAAAAAAUCCGAGGUCGCCUUUACCCUUGGGGAGUGGUUGAGGUUGAGAAUCCAGAGCACAAUGACUUCCUUAAAUUGCGCACAAUGCUGGUAACACACAUGCAGGACCUGCAGGAAGUGACUCAAGAUUUGCACUAUGAGAACUUCCGAUCGGAGAGAUUAAAACGCACCGGCAAGCCUGUUGAAGAAGAAGUUGUAGACAAGGAUAGAAUCCUCCAGCAGAAAGAGGCUGAGCUGCGUCGCAUGCAGGAAAUGAUUGCACAGAUGCAAGCCCAGAUGAGGAUGAAGCCUGGGGAUGAGUGAGAAGCUGAACAUGUGGCUAAUGAGUGAUACACGGUUCUCUUAAAAAUGGAUCAGUGCUUUAUUCUGUUUGAUGAUGCUAUUGAACACCAGUAACAACACUCGGAUAUGAUGCUGGAUGCAGCAAGACCUUGGGGAAAAAAGCAAGACCUUGGGGGGUGAAAAGUCUUGAAGAUCGUGUUGUGAAACAAUAUUUUUUUUUUUAUAUAUCCAACCUUAAUCAUGUUAUAUGUAUCUUUUUUUGAUCCUCUUGGUAAUUAUGUCCUCAUGCUUAUAAUGUAGGUUUAUUAUCCUUUCUAUAUCUUUUUAUACAAAAACUAGUACACCACGCUGUUUGUUCUAGUCAUUGUGAGUGGGUUUAACAUGAUGUAUCACAUUUCAGCUAGGUUAUUCUUGACAAUUUUGUGAUAAAUACUAAAAAAAAAUAUCUUGUGAACAGUUUACAGUAAAUGUGUGUGUUUGCACAGCAUUCUAGCUUUCAUUUGCUUUGUCUUAGUGGAAGCAUUAUAUAACUUGUUACUAGUUUAGUUAUAACUUUUCUCAUAUAUAAUAAAAAAAAAAAACCUAUCUCUGUAGGUUGUGCUUUUGUUUACUAUGGUAGUAUCAUCGCUGGUGUAUUUGCAUAAUGAAAAACAAAGGGUACAAAAUGCUAAUGCUACACCAGAGAUGAUAGAGAAGCCAAGUUUCCUAAACCAUUGUGCCUUAAACCAUGUGUUCACCCGGCAUGCCAAAUAUCUUUCAUGGAUGCCUAUGAAGACUUGUCUUCAGUUCUCAAAUAUUGCUUGCAAAAAUUUCUAUCAAAGGCAUUUUUAUCCUUUAGCCAACUGAAUGAUGGCAUGUACUGAACUUUUUAUAUAUCAUGACACUAACUUCCCUUGGAGUUUUGUAAUAAAUUGAAUGAACAUGGAAAAAAAA